AAAAAAAAUACUAUGGCCUGUAUUGUCUAAUUUUGUAUUGUGCUAAAAGGAAAACGCUGAAAAUUAUUAUUUUUAAUGAUUUCAAUGAUAUCAUGAUAAGUGUUUUAACUAAAUAAAACGAUAACGAUGGCAUUUUUGGAGCGAAGGGUAUUUACAUUUUUCGACAUUCAUAAGAACGUUGACAACGGGAAAGUAGCUGAGUGCUUGCAAGACACGCAUGUAACAGCUACAACAAGUGGUAACGGUCAUGUGGUCCUGUGUGAUGUUACGGGCUGGGCCCAUCUCAUCUCUCGGUCAUGGGAGAUCACCUCGUUCAAAGCGUAUGAGUUGACCGUGACUCUAGCUCAGCAAUUACCUCAUGAUCCUUAUCUUGUUACCAUUGGGGAUGAUGAGACUGGAGUGCUACCACUGAUCAAGGUAUGGGACUGGUCGCGCAGAGACCGGCAUGGGAACCCAACCUGCACGCGAGUGUCUCGGGCUGUACCAUCACACAUGAAGCCGACACCUGCCACAGCUCUUGCUGUCCAUGAAAACAAGAAUCUAUUAGCAGUUGGGUUUCUAGACGGUUCGGUGUCACUGUUCCGUGGCGACAUCGCGCGACAACGUAGCGGUAAAAUGAGGACUUUGCCUGACACGGGCACCAGUCCUAUCACAGCACUCGCGUUUAAAGGCGCGGACAAGCUGUACGUGGUGUCCCGCGCGGCGGUGAGCGUGGUGUGGCUGGGCGUGGAGCGCUGCGUGGCGCUGGACUGUAUGGGCGCCGCGCCCGCCUGCGCCGUGCUCGCCGACAGCCAGGGACUCACCAUCGCCAACAACGAGGCUCUCUACGUGUACACAACGGAAGGCCGAGGUCCUUGUUACGCCCUCGAAGGGGAGAAGGUCCGGCUCGACUGGUUUCGAAGCUACCUGGUUAUUACCAGAAAUGAGAGUCCAAGCAAGUCUACAGCAUCCACAAGCACCGCACCAAUCCCAAAGUCCCACAAUAUCACCAUACUUGACAUACAAAACAAAUUCAUUGUCUUCUCAAAAGCCUUCGAAGAAAUCGACGCCGUGUUAACAGAAUGGGGUUCAUUUUAUAUUCUGACGAAGAAUAAAGAAAUGAUAUACUUAGAGGAGAAGGAUUUGCAAUCGAAAUUGACGUUGUUGUUCAAAAAGAACCUUUAUGAUGUUGCUAUUAGGAUCGCUAGUAGCCAGCAUUAUGAUGAGGCUGGGCUCACUGAGAUCUACAAGCAGUAUGGUGAUCAUUUGUAUAGCAAGGGAGACUUGAAAGGCGCAAUAGAGCAAUAUGUCAAAACUAUAGGUUGGUUGGAAACCUCGUACGUCAUCCGCAAGUAUCUGGAGUCUCGACACUUGGAGCCCCUCGUGCAAUACUUGGAGGAACUACACAAGAAGAAAGGAUGUGCCACUGAAGACCACACCACCUUACUCCUCACUUGUUAUAUGAAGAUAGACCAGCACGACCACCAAGGGAAACUCAAGGAGUUCAUCAAUUCCAAGGAUAAAGCCAUCGAUUUUGAUGUCGACGUGGCUAUAAAGGUGAUGCGUCAAGUAAGCGUAGACGACGCGUUAUCUCUAGCAGCGAACUACAAGCGUCACGAUUGGUACCUAAAGAUGAUGUUGGAGGACAAGAAGGAUUACCGCCAGGCGUUGGACUAUAUAGUCGAACUGGAGUUUGAGGACGCUGACAUGUAUAUGAAGAAAUACGGACAUAGACUCAUACAACAUGAGCCGGAGGAGAGUACCAACUUCUUGAAAUUACUAUGCACAGACUACAAGCCCCGCAGCAAGCCGCUGGUGGACGAGGCCUCACUAUCAGGGGGCGGCGUCCGAGCCCCGGCCUUCGCCCUCCCAGACGAAUACAUACAUAUGUUCCUCGCUAACUCGGAGCGCCUCAUCGACUUCCUCGAACACAUGAUCAAGACACAAGAUGAUUGCUCCAAGCUUGUCUACGAUGCUUUAAUCGAACAUUAUAUACAUGUUUGGGCAAAAUCUCCAGAGAGUGAAAAGAAGGAAUAUGAAGAGAAGAUACUGGGAGUGCUGAAGAACCCGGAGGCCAACUACGACAAGGACCAGACGCUCAUCAUAUGUCAGAUGCUCGGCUUCCAGGCCGGAGUGUUGUACCUCUACGAGGAGAAUAAACUUUGGCGUGCGCAGGUAGGCCUGCACCUGCGCGGCGCGGACGCUGCGGGCGCGCUGGCCGUGUGCCGGCGGCGCGGCGCGCUGUGUCCGCGCCUGUGGCUCGACGUCCUCGGGGCCUCGCCGCCUGCCUCAGCCCUUCCCGAGCUACUCAAUGUUAUAGCCAACGAGAAGUUACUGUCGCCUAUUCUAGUGGUGGACUGUCUCGCUAGCACGCCCACAUACACAUUAGGAGACGUCAGGAAGUACUUGACAGACGUGUUAAAGUCGGAGGCGGACGUGAUAUCCCGCUCGCAGGAGCUGUCGGCGAAGUACCGGGCGGAGAGCGCGCGCAUGAAGGAGCAGGCGCGCGCGCUGCAGGAGCGGCCCGUGGUGCUGCAGGCCAGUCGCUGCGCCGUCUGCAACAAGCCGCUCGAGCUGCCCACCAUGCACUUCUUGUGUCAGCACUCCUUCCACCAGAGCUGCUUCACGACGUACGCGGAGUCCGAGAGCGAGUGUCUGGUGUGUGCGGCGGGACGGCGCCGGCCCGACGCCGCGCCACACGCCGCCGAGGCCCUGCACGCGCGGAUACAUAACGAACUCGACCCUUAUGCGGUGGUAUCAGAGUACUACGGGCGCGGUUUGUUCAACAAGGUGACGGUGGUGACUGAGAAUGAGACGGUGGAGCCGCCUGCCCCGGCCGGCCCCGCGCAGCCGACCCCGCUGGCCCCUACACCUGCCCCCGCCGCCCAGCCGUAUGGACCCGGCGCUGAGGCCAAACUAAGGCUACAAGAAGGACAGAGCAAGCAAAUAUUCGUAUCAAACGCAACGAAGCAAGUGGCGCCAAAGGGCACAACAGUAGUCCCAAUGCCAGAAGGUAGAAUGAGGGUCAUAGAGCAACAACGCUACAGCUCGAGCUUAGAAGCUAACUUGAACAAACUCGAGCCAGUACACAAACCAUCCCCCUACUCCUCUCCUAUCACAGCCAAAAAGAGAAUAGAAGAGAACCAGAGAAGCUUAGGAGUAUCUCCUGUAGUCCAGAAUAAUAUAUCUUCUGCUAUCAGCAAUGGAGCAGGCAAAAAUCCCUUCGAAGAAGAUACUUAUGAUGAAACGAAGAAUCCCUUUGCAGAAGAAGCCACGGAACCCACAAAUCCUUUCAGUGAGGACGAUGAUUAUGACAGUAACUACAAUCCCUUCUCAUGAAGCUUGGAAUGACGUCACACGGGCGUUACAAGCAAAAAGACGAGGUUAGUUACGUUUACACGAAAUUCUACCCCAACUCUCAUAAAUAUGGUUGAGUUUUGAGUGGCAAUGUUAUGAAUUUUAAUUUGAACUCUAACGCAUUGUGUUAAAGUUCGAAAUUUAGUUUUAAUCGUCUCGUGCCUCUGGAUUUCGUGUGGUUUCAUUCUUAAUACACGUUUGUGAAACGACAUAUGAACGGUUAUGCUAAAAAGCGUCUUUAUUAUGUAAGAAUAAGGUCGUUUUUCCAAAUACAAGUGCUACAUUUUACGUCUUGAAAAAAUACAACCGUUUUGUAAAUAAAUCAAGAAAAUUUAAGUAUUCAGAAGAUUUCUGUUAUGUUACGGGGCUAAUCAAUAAAUAGAUGUUGCAAAGAGCUAAUGUAAUACCUACUAAUAUAUGAAAUUCUAAAGUAAUUACGCUUUACAUUGCAAUAUUUGUCAUAAUAUAUAGGUAUUCUCAAUUUGACAUAGGCAUAUACUGGUCAAAGAUUUGUAUAAAAUUUUGUAAUAAAAUCGAACCGGGCAUCAGCGCUCUUAGAUAAUCCUGAACCGUUUAUAUUGUAAUUCUCCAACCCACCUGCCACCCAUGGAGAUUAUGGGAUCUUAUGUAGACGAGACCCAUAGUCCAUCAGUGGACUAUUACGAACUGAUGUUGAAUACAAUAUUUAACUCGAGUACCGUCAUUAUAGACACAAUUAAAGAAGAAUAGGUUGCGGUCACCGGUGUCCUCACGGUGUUUGAGAGUUUAAGUAUGUAUUCUAUAUUAUUCGAUACAGGGCUUAGGCCUAUAUAAAACGGGCAUAACUUUCAUUACUAGUGAUUAUAAAACUUAUAUUGCCUUUAUUCACCAACCAUGCUUGUGGGAGAGUCAUGCUUCGGCACGAAUGAGCCGUCUCGACCGGAGUGAUAUCACGGCCUCACAGAAAAUAGACG